AGUUCAGUGUAUUAAUUCUUUCAAAAGUAAUAUAAUUAAGCGUAUUCUAGGUUAUACAUUGUUGUCGCAACAACAAUUAUUGCAUAAUUAACCCAAUUACUUAAUCUAGAGAGAUACAUCGUAAAAAUAUGGAUUGUCAAUCCAAAUGGAAUUUAAGUCGAAAAGAAGAUUGCUAUAAAUUUGAAGAAUCAGUUCAAAAAAGUUUAUUUAAUUCUGACAAUUACGAAGAUAAAAAUAUAGUUCCUGCUCAUAGGACAUUUAAUAUUGAAAAUUCUCAAACGUCAAGUGGAAGAAAUCUCAGGGUUCGCAAUAAAAAAAUAAAUUACCGUGAUGGUAAAGAGAAAUCAUCUUCUCCAAAUACUAGAUCAGAGAAUAAAGAAAUGCUAAACAAAACACAAGAGCCGAAGAUUACAAGAAGUAAAAGAGAGCCCUCAAAUUCAAAUAAUAAAAAUGUGACUUACAACCCUCGAAACAAAAAAUUUUCGAAAAGCCAACAAAAAUCGAAUACUAGAGAAAAAAAAAAUAUUGCCCAACUAGAUAAUAAAUUAUCUAACAAGGGAACUCUACAUAAGCGACGUAUUUUGAUCAGAAACCUGACACCGCCUAUGCAAACGAGAAAUUCCAUUAUUUCUAAGCCAAAAACAAAUAUUGAAAAAUUUCGAACUCGUUUGCAUGUCAGUUUUAUGCCCAAAUCCUUGCCUUGUCGAGAAGCUGAAUUUAAUAAUAUUUUCACAUUUAUCAAAGGAAAACUCACUGAAGAGAUGGGAGGAUGCAUUUACAUCAGUGGAGUACCUGGCACGGGAAAAACUGCUACCGUUAAUGAAGUGAUAUUGUGUUUGAAAAAAUUAGUAUCAAAGGGUGAAUUGUCACCAUUUGAAUUUGUUGAUAUCAAUGGAAUGAAAUUGACCGAACCACGUCAAGCCUACGUGCAAAUUAAAAAGCAAUUAACUAAAACCGCAAGUUCAUGGGGAGAAUCUUUACGUUAUCUUCAUCAUAGAUUCACAAAAUCUGUAGUUUGUAAAAAUAUGACUUUGUUGCUUAUUGAUGAGAUGGAUCUAUUGUGCACUAAACGUCAGGAUGUGAUUUAUAAUCUUCUGGAUUGGCCAACGCACAAAACUUCUCAAUUGAUUGUGAUAACAAUUGCCAACGCAAUGGAUUUGCCGGAGAGAGUUUUAAUGAAACGUAUCACCUCUCGUUUAGGAUUGACCAGAUUAAUAUUCAAUUCUUAUAAUCACAUUCAAUUAAUGGAAAUCAUAAAAACUAGACUAAAUGAUAUGAAGGACUUUAAUCUAGAAGCUAUUGAACUUGUUGCCAGAAAAGUAGCUUCAUUUUACGGCGAUGCACGAAGAGCUUUGGAUAUUUGUCGUCGAGCAACGGAAAUUGCAGAAUGUGACAAUAAUAGAGACUUCGUUAAAAUGUUGGAUGUAACAUUCGCUUUGAACGAAAUGAUAACAAAUUCACGAGUGCAAGCUAUCAAGUGUUGUUCAAUGAUGGAAAUAAUACUAUUGGAAGCAAUUUCCCAAGAGAUAACACGAACUGGAAUUGAACAAGUUACCUUUCAAAAUGUUUACACACAAUUUGAAACUAUAUGCAUUCUUGAAGGUGAAGAAGUUCCAAAAAUAACGCCAACUCUGGAGAUUUGUCGAAAAUUAUCAUCCUGGGGAUUAAUUUUAUGGGAAUCUGGCACAGAUUUAUAUCAAAAUAUUUUGCUUAACGUCACAGCUGAUGAUAUUAAUUUUUCAAGGAGAGUCCAGAAUACGGGUUUCUGAACGUCGACGCGUUGAUAGCAACGCGUCUGUCUUAUGGGACAUCAAUGGGAGAGACAAAGACAGAAUGAUACGUCGACGUUCAGAAACCACUUAUUCUGGACUCUCCCUCAAAGGCACGAAAAUUAUUUUAAAAUUUUUGCAAAUUUAUAAAUAAAAAACUAUUAGAAGAACGGACUCAAAAAGUACUGUAAACA